UUUUUUUUCUUUUUUCUUUCAUACCCUAAUUACUUUUGUUAGACGUCUGUCAUCUUGGUUCUCUCUUGGUUUUCUUUUUUUUUUUCUGGAAAUGUCUUCUAAUCCCAACCAAUCCAAUGUCAACCAACCUACAAACCAAGCUAACAAUCGUAACCGUAUCCGGGGUCCUACUUCGGCCUUAACAAGUUUUUUACGUGAACAUGGUAUUCAAGUAGAAAACCGUAGUCGAGCUCAAAUGGCAGAACGAAGACGACAACAAAGAGAAAGAGAACAACAAGCUCAAGAAGAAAACGCCACGAAUGAUUCCGCAGCAAGUUCUUCUUCCCCCGUUACUACUACUACUACUGAAACAACUGAAAGUAUUCUUUAUACACCAAGAAGAAGGACUAGAAAUGCUAAAGAAAAAGCGAUUAUUGAAAUUGCUAAUGAGAACAAGAAAUCCAAAGGCAAGAAAAAACGACCAGCCGACGAUGACUCUGAUUAUAGUGAUGAUAGUGAUUUUGUUGAACCUGGACCUUCUUCACGCGCCACUCCUGGAAGAAUUCGUGUCUUAUUUUGUUCCAAAUGCAAAUGCCGAUUUGUUCGUCCUCGAUCCGAUCCAUCUGAAGAAACUUUAUGUCCUGAUUGUCUCUCUGGAAAUUUAUCAAAGGGAAAACAGCCAGCAAAGAAAAGACGUGUGAUCUCUCAUACAUCUGGUGGAAAUAAAAAACCUUGGUUUAUGAUGGGUGUCCAAUCUACUCCUGUUGUCAAUUCACUUCAAGAUAUUUGUAUCAAUAUUAUUACAGAUCAUAUCAGUGAUGUAGAAGCACUUGGCGAUCUUAGUUUUAUUAAUAUGGACAAAAUUGCCAAAAUCAUUUGUCGAAAUCGAUUAUUGACAAAUCAUACUGCACGACUCUUUAUGCAACCUUUUAUUAGAGAAUUACGUCUUUAUGAUUGUACUAAUUUGGAUGUAGAUGGAUUGAAAAAUGUUGCUCACUUUUGUCCCAAUCUACGCACUUUACGUCUCUAUUACUGUGGACGAAUGACGAAUGACGUACUUGAACUCUAUGGCAGUCAUCUACAGCAAUUGACUUCACUCGCAUUAUCUGGAUGUCAUCUUAUUACUGAACAACAAUGGAUCAAGUUUUUCAAAACAAUUGGUAGUCGACUACAUUCAUUCAGCCUACGACAUAGCAAUCGAUUCCAAAAGGAUAGUUUCAAAGCAUUAGUGACUCAUUGCAACAAAUUACAACAUCUACGACUUUCUCGCAUUGUGACACUAGAUGAUGAUUGGUUGGAGAUGCUUGCGGAAAGUGGUAUUAACACAUUGGAAAGUUUAGAAUUGUCAUGGCCUUCUACUGAACCUAAUCGACCCUACAAAUUGACAGAUACACCUCUUAUCAAAGUCCUUUCUAUUAAUGGCAAAACUCUCAAGGAACUUACGCUACGUGGUUGUACGGAUAUGACGGAUAAAAUGUUAGUGGACGGUAUCUUAGCUCAUUGUUCUCAAUUGGAAAAGUUAGAAUUGGAUGGUAGCGACAAGAUGACUUCAGAUGGGUUCAAGACCUUAUUCUCGGAAGAAUGGAAAGUGGGACCUUUGGCAUAUCAUCAUCAACCUAGAAUGGGAUUACGACAUGUGACGAUUGCUCGAUGUACACAGUUUGAUGAUGAUGCAUUGAAACACUUACUAGCACAUUCAGGAAAAUCUCUGCUUCAUUUGGAUAUUCACAGUUUGCACAAAUUAUCAGUCUCUGCCUUGGAAAGCAUUGCUGGGGAAAACACGGAUGAUGACAACAACAAUGCAUACUCUACAACGAAGAAAACAAAAUCUCCUCCAACUAGUUCUUUGGCUUGUACCUCUUUGACGUAUUUGGAUACUAGCUUUGUACGUUCUAUGGAUGAUUAUGUUCUAACCAAAUUGAUUCGAUCAUGCCAAUCUCUCCAACAUAUUAAGGUGUGGGGUUGUAAUCAGGUAACUUUUACUUUACAUAACUCUUUUUUUUUAUUUAUUGAUUUAUAUAUUAACAUUCUUAUUUUAUCAUAGAUUACUGAUCUUGUCAAAGCACCUCCACAAUUGAUGGUUGAAGGUCGUGAAUUCAUUUAAUGUCAUUUGUUAUUUUUAUCAUAUUAUAUUAUCUUUGCAUAUUAUCACUUUACAUAUUAUCUCAAUGAAUUAGCUAAAUGAGGAAAAAAAAAUCUUAUUUUUAGUUAGUUCUAUAUAUUGCAUAUUAUACAAUAAACAAAC